UCCAUUUCAUGAAUAUCAAAUACACACGACGCCUCCAUGUUGGAAAGAGUGUAGAGGGGAUACAAUUAUUUUGAAAAUGAGAGUUCAAGAAACGGGAUUAUCGGAACUCGCCCACUUUCGUAUUGAAACUUGACGGAGGCGACCGCGGGAGGGCUUUUUCAUCGUUUCAGUCAACGUCAAUUUUAUGUGGAAUUGAACACUGACCAGUUCAAGGCUAGCUCUAGUGGCUAGCCAGACGUUAGCAACGUUUUCUUAUUUUUAGUUCAACGUUGGGAGUUUGUUUUGCCCAUGCUGUUCUUGGAUGUUGCUUGCUAAAUUUGGGUAUUCCCAGCGUUUGACAAGUGGUGGUAUUUUGCGUUUAAACCACUAGUUAGUUACAUGUAGCCCCUCCUGUGUCCUGUCUCAGUCCAUUUGGCCAUCGUUACACUAGCUAGCUAGUUUAGGGCCCGGCUGCCAUUUCAACACAGUUAGCAAGGCAGCUACGGUAGCUAACGUUAACCUUUGUGGACUAGGACUAGCUGGACAUCUUGCUUGUAGAAAACAAGCAAACAAACAUAAAAAAAUAACCAAAAAGGAAUAACCAUCGCGUCGCAAUGGACCACACGUCUAUAAUAACCCAGGUUUCCAAUCCAAAGGAGGAGGAGAUUAUCUCGUUUAAUCAGGAAAAAGUGUCCCAGUCCAACAGCAGUUUGAAGAAGCAGAGGGGCAGAGGCAUCUUCAGUACGUUCUUCUGCUGCUUUAGGAAGUACAAUGUGGAGCCUCCUGCCUCCAACAACACAACCACCUCCCUGCCUCCUGCCCCAGAGGAGAACGGGACACCACCAAAGUUUGACCAGGUCGAGGUUAUUCCUAUCCUUAGUCCUCCAGCCAAAUUCCUCCUACCAGAGAUGAACAUAUCAGACUAUGGGAAGAAGUGUGUAGUGAUCGACUUGGAUGAGACAUUGGUACACAGCUCAUUCAAGCCCAUUAGCAAUGCUGACUUCAUAGUCCCAGUGGAGAUAGAUGGAACAGUUCAUCAGGUGUACGUGCUGAAGAGACCUCAUGUGGAUGAGUUCUUGCAGAAGAUGGGAGAGCUGUUUGAAUGCGUUCUCUUCACGGCUAGUCUCGCAAAGUAUGCGGACCCUGUGGCGGAUCUUCUGGACCAGUGGGGUGUGUUCCGAGCCCGUCUGUUCCGGGAGUCGUGUGUGUUUCACCGGGGGAACUACGUUAAAGACCUGAGUAGGCUGGGUAGAGAGCUCAGUAAUGUCAUCAUACUGGACAACUCUCCUGCCUCCUACAUCUUCCACCCCGAGAACGCUGUACCGGUCCAGUCGUGGUUUGAUGAUAUGAGUGACACAGAGCUACAGGACCUGCUGCCUUUCUUUGAGGGGCUGAGCAGAGAGGAAGAGGUCUAUGGUGUGUUGCAGGACCUCCGGGGAAGGUAGCGCCAGGAU